GAUUGAUAUUUUUUAACCGUGCACACUUCACAUCAAUGUAUCUAAAUAAAAGAAAUACCCCCACACCCUGCAAGAGACUGCUUCAUCCCUAAUUAAACAAAAUUACAAUAUGCAUCUACACGAACAACGUCGGUCAAGUUGCAGAAUACAAUUCCUGCAGAAGGAGCCCUGGACUUCCUAUUUUCCAUCUCUGAUUUUCACCACGCAAUAUUUUAAAAUUAAUGCAUGCAUCUUCUUGCAUUGAGCCUGCAAAUCAUUUUCAUCGCAAUUAUUCUUCUCCAUGUGCGAUGGCUGCAUUCCGUUAAGAGACUGAAUCUGAAAGUGCUCGUCGCUUCGCUGAUCUGGGCGGGCAGGCAGAGGUCAGGAGGAAACUGACAGCUUGGGAACGCGGAACUGGGCGAGUGGAGGCAGCAGCAGGCUGGAAAGACGUAUGACCUUGGAUCUGGUGUGGGUGAAAAGCAUCCCCCUGCUGGAAGCAUGGCCACGAUUGGAGAUUUACACGAGGACAUUCUGAUGGUGCUUUUGUCCUACAUCCCUGCUAGGGAGUUAAUUUUGACAUGCCGCCUGGUCUGCCGGGCUUGGAAGGAGUUGGUGGAUGGGGUACACAUUUGGAAACGGAUGUGUCUUCGUGAAGGAUACUUUAAAAGGGGCUGGGAUAUAUUCCCAGAGGACUGGAUGAGAUUUUAUUUCUUCCAUCCUCUUAUGAAAAAUCUGCUUAAAAAUCCUUGUGCAGAAGAACAAUUUCAGUUUUGGACCAUUGACGAUAAUGGUGGCGAUCACUGGAACAUUGAAGACUUGCCAGAGGCCCAUACAGAUAACUUUCCUGACAAAGGUGUAAAUAAAUACUUUGUGACAUCUUAUGGGUUAUGCCGGAAAUCUCAGAUCAUUGAUCUAGUGGAAAAUGGAUUGUGGGGAAAUUUGCUUGAUGUAAUUCAACCUAAAAUUGUAGUGAAAGAUUGGUACGCAGCAAGACGUGACUGUGGCUGCAUUUACAGGUUACAUGUAUCUCUGCUUUCUGAAAAGAAGUGCAUUGUCCAGAAAUACAAGUCUAAGGUGAUUAAAAUCCCACAGUGGAGUGAUGCAAAGUGGAACGAGAUAGUUCAUGUUUUCAAAGACUAUGGGCCUGGUGUUCGAUACGUUAAAUUUUCACACGAGGGGCAGGACACACAGUUCUGGGCCGGGUGGUACGGAAUCCGCGUCACCAACAGUAGCGUUACCAUCGAACCGUGAGCAGUGGGGACCAGGGUCUGUCUGGAAUCAGCGGAAGGCUUUCGCAAAGAGUAAAAAAAAAACUCACAUGCUAGAAGUCUGAAAUAAAAACAGAAAACAAUCAGCAGGCCAACAGAAUCUGGGAAGAGAUCUAAUGAAGGGUCACUGACCUGAAAUGUUAAUUCUGUUUCUCUCUCCACAGAUGCUGCCUGACUUGCUGAGUGUUUCCAGCACUUUCUGACUUUAUGAAAUGCCUAUUUGCAUUUCUGUAGUCAAUGUGUGUAUGUCUUGAAAGUUCUUGAUUCUUUCUUACUAAGUAACAUCUCAGACCUGUUGCUUUCAUGCGAUUAUUUUCUCCUCUGUAUGACUUGAAUAAGAACCGUACUGGAGAUGAGCUGUUAGUAGGAAAUAGCUGCUUUCAUUGUAAAAGCAAGUGGUUUAUGAGAACUUCAUCGCAAUCAAGUUACAUGCUGGGCAUGAGGUGUGUUGUGCUGGGGUUGCACUGGUUUGUUCAAUGUGAUGAUUGGAGUCUCUCGCGGACUCUGGGACCUCCUUCCUGUCAGUGAUGUCUGAGGCACCCUGAAACAGGAGAAGGAAACCAUUUCUCAACUUUUUAAAAAAAUAAUUCUCUAUUUUUUUACUUUGGAUAUUUUCAGGAGAUAAUCCUUAUCCCUCUACCAUACUCAAUGGAAUUAAAAGCAUUGUUGUUGAAUUACUGAGAAUUGCUUUCAAUGAAUUAGCACUAUUUUGUCUGUCCCUUUCAUUUAUUUUAACAAAUACAUUGAUCCGGUUUAAUCAGUAGACGAAAACUGGGGCAAAUUAAAAUGUUGAGUUCAGAUUGUGGACUUCCCAUUUGUGCGUGAUGCCAUUUUAAUAAAUGUAGCACAUGGAUUUCACGGUUGGCUCUCCCAGAUAAAUGUUUUUUCAAACAACCUUUUCCCAUGAAUUCCAUUCCUCUGUUAGCCAUAUUUAUAAUUUUUAUACAUUUUGGUGUGGGGAGGGGGGGUGUUAAGUUCCCCUUUACUAUUUUCUUGGUUUUGGUGCAUUUGUAUAUAUUUUUUUUGUUGUGCUGUUUUAGCCCUCUCAAAUUAAUUGGUCUAACUAUAUAUUAAACGAAAUGGAGCACCAGUGACAUCACACAAAAUGGCAGAAGUAUCACUCAGAGAGGAGUUCCACAAUCUCUGCUUACAAUGCAGAGAUGGUGGAACUUAAUCGUGGAACUGAUAGACCUGCUUUGGAUCUGCAUCUGAGUGUUUAUGAGAUGUGCUAGAUUCACUCGUUUUAAUUAGUAAAAGAUCAGCACCUCAAAAUGACCCCCUUUUAGUAUUUGAGGUUAGCUUGCUCUGGGGUUGGUUGACUGGACGCAGUCAUCCAAGCAGUGCUAGUUAGCUGUGAUAGGUAGAAUAUUUGUUUGAAUCAGACAAGAGGUCAAAAUUUGCCUUAAUGAGAGAGAGCUUUUUGUUGUCCAAGUACAACAAGAAAUAUUACCCUGUCCUUCUCAUUACUUUGUCUUUCCCCCAUAUUUGGAUAGGUUCACUGACUCUCACUGUAAGAGGAAUGCUGUCGGCCAGAGGCACAUCAGCAAUUUUUUUAUAUAUGGGGUGGGUCCAGGUGCUUAAGGUUGCCUGGACAAUGGUUUACAAAAAAAUUCUGAAGUACAUGGUAUAAAGAGCAUAAAAUUACCAUGAGCCAUUAGAGAGAUUAGCAUUAAUGUGAGCUUUUGCACUGAAAAGAGUUCAUAGUUUAGCAGGGAAAAAGUGCUGUUGGUGAUGUUGAAAAUUAUUAUCUCCUGUCUAUCUGCCAGACUAUCGUGGCUUGUCUGAAUGAAGAAAACUAAUUUGUACUUUCUUCCCCAAGUCUACUGUAAAUGAGGACCAUUUGUAUCUGUCUCUGUUUUCUGCCCUAUUCUGCAAGCUGUUUGUGCAGUCACUUCCUGCAAUAAAGUACUCUUUAAUAACUG